GCCGAGUCUGUCUUUGCCCCGGAAGUGAUUGUUCUUCCGCAGGUUUAGUACUACCCAGAAUCCUCAACUCCUUCCUUUCCGACAUUUUCCUUGGAAGAAUGGCUCCCAUUAAGAAAGGAGGCGAGAAGAAGAAGGGCCGCUCCGCCAUCAACGAGGUGGUGACCAGGGAAUACACCAUCAACAUCCACAAGCGCAUCCAUGGAGUGUGUUUGCUUGACUCACUUACGCCUGGCUCUUUUCUGGGGUGGUGGGCUUGAAGGAACGUGCCCUAUCGAAUCCGCGUGCGUCUGUCCAGGAAGCGCAACGAGGACGAGGACUCUCCCAACAAACUGUACACGCUGGUCACAUACGUUCCUGUCACCACGUACAAAGGUCUGCAGACAGUCAACGUUGAUGAGAAUUAAAACUGCUUCUCUUGUUGAUAAAAUAAAUUUGUGUAAAAUUUUUCCUUU